UCUGGGUGUCUCCUCAUCCAACCCACCUCCCUAAUUUUCCUCCAACGGUGUAGCUUUGUCUGCUAACCCAUUCUGGCCGUUCGAAACCUGUCCUUUAAUUGUUUCUAGGUGGGGAUAUAACGAAGUUAGAGCUUUUAAAUACCGUUUCCAUUUGAACCAUCUUUUGUAUCCUUUAGAGAAGAAGGGCCUAUCAAAGAUGAACCGUUGUGGUAGCAGCAACAGUAAUGGGGUUAGCUUGAGUGAUGAUUUGUUGACAGAGAUUCUCACAAGGCUUCCCUUGAAGUCCUUGUUUAGAUUCAACUGUGUCUCCAAAGCAUGGUAUGGUCUGAUCUCCGACAACUACCUUAGGAGCAAGCUCCCCUUGAUCACCUCCGGCGUGUACUACAGCUCCAACUCGAACCUCUCCAGGGAGCCAAGAUAUGCACACACGUCUGGAAAUGGUCUCGAAGACUGUGAUCUUGAUUUCUUUCCAUUCCAUAAUAAAUCAAGCAUCAUCGAUAGCUGCAAUGGGUUGCUACUCUACUAUUCAUGCGUCCCCUCUGCAUUCUACGUCGUCAACCCCACUACAAAGAGGUGGAUGGCUCUCCCUGAGCCCAUGAAGAGUAGCCAACUCUCUAUACUGACCUUUGAUCCCUGCCACUCCCCAAACUACAAGGUCAUCUGCUUCACAAGCUGGCUAGAACAAGGGUCUGAGAUCGAGGUUUUCUCGUCGGAGACCGGGAGGUGGGUCGAGCAUGAGCUGCACUGGGGGAUGAACACCGAUGCCAUGUCGGCCACCAUGCAAUACUUUGAUGGAGUUCUUUACAUCCUUGCCUAUCCGAAACACAUUGCGGCCAUCAGUCUCGCUGAAAUGGAUUGCCAUCUGAUGGAAUUGCCCGAGCCGAUGAAGCGUGAAGCAAGUGUUGGCAAGUCUAGAGGCUGCCUUCAUUACACCCACAACGAUGGCGAACAGCUGAGGAUUUGGAAGCUUAAGGACUCCAAUGUCCACAAAUGGGUGCUGAAGCAUCGCAUCGACGUUCGAGCAAUCGUAGAACAGAAUUAUAAAAGAAUUCAUUCCGCUGCUUCUCUUGCUGCUCUCUCGGACCGAUUCAAUUUCUUAGCUUUCCAUCCAGAGAAGGAGGUGGUUUACCUAUCCAUUCCGGGAAAGCUUGUCUCCUAUGACCUGAGUAAGAAAAGAAUUGAGGAAGUCUGUGAGUUUGGGAAGGAGAAGGAGAGGGCUCAUUUGAUCCAGAUUUGGUUGUUUCCUUUCUCCCGUUAUAUGUCGGAUUGCUUAGCCAAUGUGUAGUUGUAGCUCUAGGACCUCUUUCUAUCCCAUUCUUAUCGAAUUGUUUUCGCUUUGGUACGGUUGAGCUUGUUGUUAUCGUGCUGCUGAAAUAAAGGAUAUAUAAUUUUACCUUCCAGUCUA